GAAAACACCUCCUCUGAAGAACACGUGCUCUACGUGUGGGACCACUUUGUGUCCAAAGCUGCUGCCAAGAAUGUCUUCAUUAUCGCCCACAGCUACGGAGGCCUGUCUUUCGUUGAGCUAAUGAAUCAAAGGGAAAUGCAGGUGAAGAACAGAGUGUGUGCUGUGGCUCUCACUGACUCUGCACAUAACAUUUGGCACCAGGAGACCUCCAAAGGGACACAGGACUGGAUGCAGCAGUGCUGUUGUAACUGGGUAUCGAGUCCCGAGCCACUGGACACACAGCUUGAGCCCAUGUUGCCAGACUGCCCUAGAGUUUCUGCAGGCACUGAGAGGCAUGAACUGACCUCCUGGAUGAGUUUUGAGUCCAUCUUCAGGUUCUUCAACGAAGUCCUGAAGACGAAGGAGGAAGAGGAAGCCGAAGAGAGCUCCAACGUUGUCACCACACGCAGCGGCUCUCUGAAAAACAAACACCAAGAUUUAUAGAAAGCGCUCAGCUUUGACUUGGACAAGCAGGACAUUCUCAGCGGUGUAUCAGAUAGGGGGAGUGCAGAAAUUUCUCCCUCCCUAAUUUUUUGUUCUUCCCCCCCUCCCCCCCCCCCCACCCACCCCCCUUAACCUCCUCACCGUCCCCUCCAGCAGCAUCCCGGCUUUGUGCCCACUCAGUCGCCUUGUUGUUUGAGACAAGAGUGCUGGGGGUCACCACGUAUACACCACAAUAACGUUUUGCAUUACUUCUAGAUGACUGCUACUGUCAAAGCAAUAUGGACCUGAGUGUUGGCGCUUCCCGUGGGCUGUAGCCCGGCUGCGGGUGCGGGCCGCAGCAGCAGAGAUUAAGGCUGACAGGCGCUGUACACAAUGCGCCGUGGUGCACCUCUAAUUGUCCUGACAUCAGCCUGAAGUGAGCUAAUACCCCCCCCACCCCAUCCCACCCCAACCCCGUCCCGUCUGCACUGCUCAGCCUCUUUCCCUUUCUGUGUCUCUCUUCCUGCUCUCCACUGUUUUACCCUGCAAUCAGUUCAAGUGACACGUCCUAAAGUUCACCGUCAUCUCAGUCCAGCUAGCGUGUUCUUUUGGGAUUUUUCCAGCAUUUCCUUUCUCUGCUAAAAAAUUUUUAAUAAGAACAAAUCAUCUCUAAUAUCUAUUUCUUUAAAAAAUGAUGUUUUUGUGUCUAUUUUUAGCUUUUAAACUUAAUUUUUCUCAAACGGUCUGCCAUGA